ACUACCCCAUCAGAUAACUCUGUGCUUGCCAGUUUAAAAAUUAACUCUUUAAGCCUUAAGAUAUUCAUAUUCAUUAUUCACUCCAUUGGAAUUUAUCCUGGAUGAAGCAAAGAACAAUAUUUAGGAUUGAGACAGAAUCCUUCAAUGACGGUACAGGUAUCUUGUAUAUAUAGAUACAGUACCUGUAAUCUGAUUGUAUAGAUUGUUAGUACACAAGUACUUGGGUUUGAUCAUUGUACUGUAUUUCACACUGCAGCAGCCUGUUAAUUACAAAUGCUGGUAAUCAAAUUAAAUAUGAUGACUUCAUAAUUCUUUUUGAAACUAUCUUGAGCAAUUGUAAUUGUUCUCCAGGCCUGUAUAAUAUUGUGCUAUAUCCUACAAACGGCUGGGACUGAAAGUGACAUGCUGUACCCUGAUUUUUUUUUUUUUUUUUUUUUUUUUUUUUUUUUUUUUUUUUUUUUUUUUUUUUUUUUUUUUUUUUUUUUUUUUUUACUAAAAUCUGUUUUUAUAUUUCUUGUAUAUUGAAAAUUGGGGGAUUUAGUGAUCCGUUUCUUUUCCUUUUUGGUUUUAUCUGAUAGUGAGCUUCUCUUGCUCUUACACUUCCCUGGCUUCUCACUCUUAUAUAAAUUUCUCGAAACUCCUUCAUGUCGGAUCUUUUUUAUAUUUUUUUGCCAAUUAUUAUUGCUGUUUAUUGUUCAUUACCUUCUUGAUCUUUUUUCUUCCUUUCCAGUUAAAUUCUUUGUUUCUCCAUUCUUAACACUUUUGCUUCUGAAGAUGCAAAAAUGUCUUCCGUACUCCGACAGUAAACGUUCCGAUGAUGCUAAAACUCGUUGUCCGGUUGCUAUAAGCAUUCAUAUACUGGUAUUCAUUGCUAUCAUACAUCACCUACUAUGAAUGUACUUUUAUUUUUGCAUCUAAUUCUAGAGAAUUCAUUUGCGAAUAAUUUGACAGUAAAUUUAUUGGUAUAACCUAAGGAAUAACCUUGAAACCGUAAAAUGAUUGUAAACAUUUAAAGUACAGUACUGUAUUGCUGAGCGGGACCCGCCAAGCCUGCUAUGUUUACAGUCGGGAACAUGCGGAAAGGAGCAUAAUCCAUUAUAAAUACACUUUUGCAUCUAUUCUCUAGAGCAUUUUGUGAGCACCACUUGCGAGCAUUUUGACACCAAAUUUUUAGCUAUAACCCAACAAAUAACUUUGAAAACGUAGAAUGAUUGUAAACAUUUCUCGCAUCGCUGAGUGACCCGUGAGUGGCCCUGGUAGCCCAGAAUGUUUACUGUUGGGAAUACGCUAAGAGGCACGACCAUCAAAGUGGUGAGCACAAGUCUGCAGCAUGAGGAGGGUUCCACCGUCUCAAACAGGAGGAUGACUAUUCAUCAGGGGAUCUAUGCACAUGGCUGCAGCUCAGGAGCUGUACACAGAGAAAUUGGUUUAAGUAAAGAGACAAAAGCUCGUGCAGAAGCUAACCUAUCGCACAUUCUUGCAUUGGCCAGCAAUGCCACAUUAGAGAAACACGUCAGCAAACCCUCCGUGAGCACACGUUCUCCACGCCGCUCCUUCUUGACAAAAAAAGCUUCAAGUCAUACUCCAAAACAUACCAUUCCAUCUGAGAAAAGAAAAGAAGAGGAACAUGGUACCUUGAGACUAUCAUCUUCAGAAUCUGAUGAUAUAGAUAACAUCAUUAUUUCUCAGUCAAAGAGACACGAGAUUGAUAAGGAAUGUUAUAAAAGUGCGGACUCUACUAAUGUGACAUCCCCUACUGUGCUACCGCAAGAACAGAAGACAAAAGUAACGUACCAUCUAAGAAGUAAAAAAUGCAAAAUAGAUGUCCAGAAUAAGAAGCCGUUGGAUAAGCCAGAAACUAAAGAGAGAGAAUCUGCUCCAGAAAUUGAGAGGAGCCUGUUCAAACUGUUAACAACUGCUGUAAAGAUCAGUCUUGAGAAAAAAUCUAAAUGUUUGUCUGGAAGCAGAGAUUUGUACCUGGAAGCCCUCCAUAAAGCUCAUCGAAAAUAUGAAGAAUGCAAUAGCCCUGAGAAUAGGAUUUCACCUGCAAGCAGUGAUGCACUGCCUCUUGUGCAUAUAAUGAAGACCAGUGGUAGUGUGAACAAGGCACUGCGACAAUCAGGUGAUGGAAAUGAAAAGAGAGGUCAAGUAUUGGAUUUAAUGAAAACGCCUUCAACUUCGGAAUACUUGAAAAGGAACAAAGAAAUAGAACUAGUAAGCCAUCAUGAAGGUGAAGUGACUGAACAGGAGUCGGCCUUAAAUAUUACGGUGUGUCCUGGCACGACCAUUAUUAGUCCACGGGCUCUCUUGAGGCGGUACGAGGAGAAGUUGCAAAGAAGAUCGCCAAAACAAUUAUGUGGAAGGAUAGACUUGGCUGACAUUAGUAAUCAAAAUGAAAGUUUACACUGUUUAAAAUGUACUUCCAAUAACAGUGUUAGUGAUAUUAAAUCAAAGUCUGAAGGUGUGGUUCUUGAAAGUAAUAAAUUAAAUUUAUUAGCUGCUAGGGGAAAGGACACAUCAGAAAACAAAAUGCUAUCCUUGUCAAAAGUGAAGAAAUCAGGUUAUACGAAGAAAUCAAAAAUUGAAACGCCCCGUUCUAAAUUGGUAUGCGACUCGGAGUGCCCAACAACAGUUGUAGUGAAUGCCCUGCAUUAUUUAAAAAGGUGUGAGCAACAGUCUAAGGACCAAGAGAAGAAAGAUACUAGUACAAAUAUUAAUAAAAUCGGCACCUUACAUUGUGGAUUUACUAAAGACGGCAUUCCACAGAAUACUAAUAACACUGGUCUUCAAAUAGUAACUCUACCACAUCUUGACACCAUAUUUGACCAUACCAGGGCAAGUAAGGCAGACUGUGUUCAUAAUAAAAAUCAUUCUCUUAAACUGCAAGACUAUGGAGAAAGCCUGUUUCCCCAGUGUGAUGGGAGAAAUGUUAAAGAAAAUGGAAACAAAGCCACUUAUCCUAUUAGAAGAACAGGACCAGUGAUUUUAGAUGAACAGCCUAACUCCCCUGUCAUCAGUUGGAAAAGUGCUGGGAGAAAGAUGGAUGAAAGGGUUACAGAGGUUCCCUUUUCAUCUCUUUCUAAUUUGACAUAUGGCUUAUCGAGAAGUCCUUCACUUUCGUCAUGUGUAGCAACUAGCUCCAAUGCACCAAUUUUUUCCUUAGACUACCAGUCUUUUCCUCCAGCCUGUCACUCUGUUCCUCAAGAUCAGUCUUGUAACAAAAAGAUUCAGUUAGAUAUUAGACCAGAGCAAGUAUUUGCUCCUGCAGUGAAUGCAUAUAAUCAGCCCAGUGACAAGUUGAAGCCACAUAGUCACUUGGAUACAAAAUGUUGUAAUUUCCAUACGGGAAAUACGUUAUUAAAAAAACCAAUGAAUUCACAUUCGAUACAAAAUAUUCAACCAAAUAUUUCUUCUAAAGACAGGAUCUUUCCAGCGAGCUCCUUAGAUACUAGAGAGCCGUCGUGGCAUUCAGCAUUCCAAGAUCCUCUGUGUCCUUCCAGUCCAACUUCCUUCAGAAACCAUUCCACAAGUGGAUCAUUACAGAGAUCUAUAGCAUGUAGUGAUACAUGUUGCUCUGCCUCGGUACACAAAAGUGGCCAUGUCACUAAUCAAAACUCACGGGGUUUCUUAAUAUCACUGGAUGAGAGAGAGUGCCAACCAACCUCUAAAUAUUAUAAUAAUUUAUUAAAAGAUCUUCCUAUAGAUAGUGAUAUUGAAAGAACUCGUGGAUGUCGAGAACAAAGUGCCAUGUGGCCUCGGGUGUCAAACCAGCAUCAUGCAUCGAGUGUGUACUCUUCGGCGAUUGAUCCUCAUGGUGAGAGGUGCCGUUGUGAACGUUACUCCAGUACAAAUCCUCAGGAUGUAUUUAGAGAUUCUCAACAUAUUCAUCCAAGCCAUCAAGAUGCUAACAUUUGUGUUGGUGUGCAGGACUGGGUGGAUUCAAGUAGUAGUUUAGCAAGUCAGAUGUCACACUCCCAUCACACAGGCACCUGUGAUCUCCCGCAGGUGGCAGCAAACCCCUUACCGGCAUCUGUGCCUCACUUGGACUCUGGACUCUCUCCGGAGGACUGGAUCUACAAACACACACAUUACUGAUGCCAUCGCAGUGUGUGCUGUGGCUGAAACCAGACUUAAAAGUGAAAGUUACAAAAAAAGAAAUUUAGUGUGAGUAGGAGUGCCAGUUUGUAUAUUGGUUAGUCUCUUGUGUUGUAUAUUGUAUGCAGCUGUCUCUGGGAUCAUACAAUGUUUCUCUCUCUACAGUCAUAUACUAUAUACAACACUCGCUGGUGUUACAUACUUUGUGAGUCUGGGUAGGUGGGUGGUGUAAUAUACUGUUUGUGGAAAAGUUUCAUUGUUGUUAUUGUAUGUGAUAUUUUCAUUGUAUUUUUCAAGAGAAAAAUACAAUGAUUUUUCUCUUGAAAAAUACACUCUCAUUUUCUGGUUAUUUGUACUUGGCUGUAGCUCAGGAGUGUGUAAAAUAUUGUACAGUGCACUAAGCAUACUGUAAAUGAUUCUAUAUACCAAACAUGUUUUCAUGUGUAUUAUUCAUGAAAAAAUAUAAAAUGCUCUUCAUAUUUC